AUGGAGGCCAUCUUGAGCUCGAUGAAUGGCAAGACCAAGAGUCCCAUACAGUCAUCUACACCAGAGGCAAAGGCAAGGCGAGAGGCCGAAUCGGGCAACCUCGUGUUCGAGGAGCUUCCCGAAGCGCGUGAGAAAUUGUCGAAAGGCUGGAGGAGAAGUAUAGUGGUUACCCUUGAGGAGCUCGUCAUGAACGAAGAUGCUUAG